AAGAUUAUUUUUUUGGUUUUGUUGUUUUGUAUCUGAAAGAUGUGUAAGGGGCGGGGCGUCCGUGACGCCGCCUCCUGUAUGCAGAACACUCAAGGCGGAAGUGUCAUUAGCGCAAAAUCAAAACACGAACGACACGGGCCCUUUGUGCGCGAGGAACGUCGGUUGGAGAAAAUGUUUGCCCUAGCGACCAAAAACUUUGUGGAUGAAGUGGAUAAAAAGGGUUUGUUAAUCCCAGUUUCCAGUCGGAAUGACGACAUUCACCUCCUGACCGUGGUGGUGAAGCACAACCGAUUCUGGUUCUGGAAGAAGCCCAAUUACGUUCCAACUGAUUUUACACUCAACGAUGUGCUGACAGGAGACAAUCCAAUAAAAGCAGAAGUGACGGAGACAGACUUCCUCAACUACAGCGGAACAUUUUCUGACUUGACUCAAGCAUCCGUCAAUGCCGAGUUGAGUAAUGCCGGGGGCCGCAGUGUCACAGGAAAAGGAUCCUCCACACUGAAGUCCAGCUUUGGGGAUUUGAAGAAAGAGGAGGUGGAGUUACAGAAACUGCUGCAUGACUUAAAAGACAGGGCUCUGGAUAUGUCACAUGUUCUGAUCCGUCAGACCAUGAAGAAGCACAAAACGGUUCUUGGGAUUGUGAAGGAGCGCAUUCUGACCACUACGUUGAGCUCAGUGGUAGAAGAGGAGGAGCGGAGCGGACAGUGUGCAGGGAGCCUGAGCUUCUUUGGCUCCCUGAGCAAGAAGGUUUCACUAAAGGACAAUACCAACUUGACCAAAGACAGUAAUGUCACCAUUGAAAUUCCCAUCUCCACCACAUUAGCUUACGGCGUGUCAGAGCUAGUGAUCCACCAGGACGGGCGUUUUGAUCUGUGUGUAACGUCUGACACAGAUGGAGGAUAUGAAACGGACUCUGUAGUUGGCUCAGAAUCAUUGGACCUCCAGAAAGAGCUGGACUCCCUGGAGGAUCAUUUCCACCUGCUGACAGCUCUCCCUGCCUCCAGGAAGUCAUUCCUGCUCCAGGAAAUCUCAGAGCUCAUGCAGAGCCCGUUAGCCAUCAGCACACUUCAAAAUGCGCUGGAUCAAAUGCAUGUGGAUCAGAAGCCGGACCUGAGCGAAUCCGGACUGGCGGAGUCUCAUCAAAAGAACAUCAAAGCGGUCCUCGACCUGCUGGGGAAAUGUGAUGAAGCAGUCUCUGUCCUCUCAGCCUUCCAUCUCAUCACCAGCGCUUUGGAGGAGAUGCCCAGUGAUUGUCUCACCAUUUUAAGAACAUCCAUCAACCUAAAAGUGCUGCAAACCUUGGAAUUACUGGUGCAGUGUGUGUCAGGAAGCAGGAAAAAGCCCCUGAGCAGUUUGGAGCUGGAGGCAAACAUCUAUAAAGAGACCAAACAUCUGUUUGAGUCCAUGAAUGUGUCCCUGACUAAUAAGGAUGAUGUGUUGUGCACUAAAGUGACGCCUCAUUCAGGAAACCUGCCCCUGAUCCUUUGCAUCAGCAUCAGAGGUCUCGCCUCAUUGGACACUGAAGCAAAGUCAAACUGAGGGUCAAAACCUUCAACAUAUAUUUUAGACCAAUAACUGGUGCUUAUCCAUGAAUAUCUUCUGCUGUACAAUUGAUUUGACAUUUUGUGAACUUUUAAAUAUUUAAUGGAAUAUUUCACACAAAUCCCAAAAUGAAAAGGAUCUGAUAAAUAUUUCUCCAGUACUAAUGAAAACUUGAAUAAUUGUACUUUAAUUUUUUUAAAUUAAGAAAAAAGCUUUAAUAGAUUCACAUGAUUUUAUCUUUUUACUGUAAAUUUUACUUUCAAUUUGAUAUCUUUUUGUAAAAAAAAAUUUGUAAUUUUUAGGAAUUCUGUGCCAAAAAUCUGUUUCCGUUCCAUAUAAACAUUUAACUUCUUGUGACUAUUCGCUGACAUUUGUUGUUACGGACAUGUUUUUUCCCAGUGAUACUAAAGAGUACUUUGUUAACCAA